CUGUGCGCGCCUCAGGGCCGCUUCUCAGUUCACGUGCACCGACGUCCGAGUACGGUCGACCACAAUCAGCCGAUUAUUUUAGUUCGAACCACUCGAACCGAAUGAUAAGCCGGCGAGUCAAACCGUUUUAGUACUCGAAGCGCGCCGCACAUUAGUCCGGACAAUAAACAAAUUUGAAUUUCGAAUACGUUCCAUUUCUCUAAAUUCAAAUCGUUCGCUAUUCGGAUUUCGCGAAUUUCACUUGCUAAUAGAUAGUUACGGAUGAGUGAGUGUUCUUUAUCCAAAAUUUUGUGGGAGCGCGAAGAGAACGCCUCCAGAGUCAUGGAGAGCUGUUACAAACUUUACACCUGGCUGAACCAUACACUGCUGAUGCUGCUGCUGCAAAUAGUUUGGAAGGUGAACCAGCUAUCAGACUACUUUAGAGAAAAGUCUGUUGAAGAUACUGCUGCAGUUAAACCGCUACCAAUAACACCAUUAACAAGAGAAUCUAAAUUCCGAAGACACAUACGAUCAAUGUCUGACGUCCAAAGCAGCACGCCGUACAGGAUAGCCUUCAGAUCUCGUAAGGGAAGCUCUCAAAUUCUCAUGUACGACUCGGAUACAAGAGCGAGAAGAAUAAGAUCGUACAAUAGACAAAGACAGUUCGAGUCUUCCGAUUCUAGCGACUACGAUACGCCGAAAAAGUUGUCUAGCUUAGAAAUGAAAAUAUUGAAACACACAGACUCUAUGAGAAUCCUAUAGGUCUCCAUCAAUGACUGGAAGAAGUCAUAUAGAUGAGGAUAGUAUUGCAUCAAUUUGCAAUACGAUUUGUACUCAUACCUGAUCGAGUUAUCCCAAGAAGGGCAGCAUGGAACAUUAAGAGAGACUUUUAUAGUGAUAUCCUUAUGAGACUGUGAUUUUAGCGUAAGAAGCAUUUUUUUGUGAUUAUUCAUUUAUGAAAAAUGAACCUAUUUAGUUGUUUAAGUUCAACUCGUCCCUUGAGGAUUCAUUAAAUAUUAAUUGAGUUAAUUAAUUUACGUUAAAGCCAUAAUAGUGAGUCGUGAAGAGUGAUAAUUUAGCUGUUAUGAAAUUAGAAGUUUAAAUUUUGUUUUAUAUAAAAUUUAGUUUGUAAAAAGAACUUAUUUUGUACUUUUUUUUUUGACUCGAUUGUGUCGACUUUUGAUUAAGUCGUCGGUCAAUGGAGAAUUAUGUCUAACUUUUUAACAAAGCAUAUGGUGACUUAAUGUGUACCAUGAAACAUGAUCUUUUACCCCGUUUUUCAAUAUUUUUGACUAUAUGACAUAUCAGAAAUCGGCUUUAACAUUUUGUAUGUUCAAAAGAUAAAUCUUACCAUAAUCUUACGUUCCUAAGGUCAUCAUCAUAAUCGAAAUUGUAUUUAUUGCAUUUUUUUUUAUUUUAUCAGUGGCGUGGCUAUCGCUGGGGCCUUUUUUCGGGUUUCUAAAGCCGGGUUUACAUUAGGAAAUUAUAAAAAGCUUCACGAAACUAAUUUUGUCAAGUUUUCGUAUUGGUGUACAAUCAACAACACUUCUGAGACAUGUUUCAUCAACGU